AAAAAAAAAAAAAAAAAUCUGCGGCAAGAAGAAAGAAAAGACGCAGAAGUUGAAUGGAGUUCACCGCCAUGAAGUCCCAGCGGGAGCGGGAGGAAGCCAUGAGUGGGAGCUUUUCUGGUUUCCAUGGGAAAACUGAGGCUCAAACCAUGCGGCACCACUGGCUGCUUCUCGGGGCUUGUGGCUGGGUUCUGCUCAUCCUGAUGUUCGUCAGCAGGUUCAUCAGCUUCAGAGCUGGAGAGGGUUUUGGGGAGAGACCAGGUCAGAGUUCAACACUGGAAGGGGUGAAUGUGGUGAAACCCAUUCCUGCGUUCAGCCUGGACAAACAAGACCCAACUCCGUCCCACCAGCCUCAGGCCUCCGUGGUGCCCACAGCGGCCGCUUGGCAGGCAGUUGCCGACAAGCGUCUCGAGCUGCUGUCCACCGUGUGUAAAAACAGCAGCCUGAGGAAUCUGACUCACGCAUCCAUCAGCAAGUUCGUCCUCAACCGCAUCUUUGUGUGCGACAAACACAAGAUCUUGUUCUGCCAGACGCCUAAAGUGGGCAACACGCAGUGGAAAAAGGUGCUCAUCGUGCUCAACGGUGUUUUCACCAGCGUGGAGGAGAUCCCCGAAAGCCUCGUCCACGACCACGAGAAGAACGGCCUGCCCCGCCUCUCGUCGUUCACUCCACAGGAAAUCACUCACAGGUUAGACGCUUACUUCAAGUUUUUCAUCGUGAGAGACCCCUUCGAGCGACUGAUUUCUGCCUUCAAGGACAAAUUCGUAAAGAACCCCCGCUUCGAGCCGUGGUACAAGCACGACAUCGCCCCGGCCAUCAUACGAAAAUACCGCAAGAGCCACCGGGAGAGCGACCUCGCCGCCUCCGGCCUGCACUUUGAGGACUUCGUCCGCUACCUGGGCGACGCGGAAGGCCGGCGGCGCAUGGACCGGCAGUUCGGCGAGCACGUCAUCCACUGGGUGACGUUCGCCGAGCUGUGCGCGCCCUGCGAGAUCCACUACAGCGUGGUCGGGCACCACGAGACCCUGGAGCAGGACGCCCCCCACAUCCUGCGAGCGGCGGGGAUCGAGCGGCUGGUGUCGUAUCCCACCAUCCCUCCGGGGAUCACUCGCUACAACCGGACCAAGGUGGAGCACUACUUCUCCGGCGUCAGCAGGCGGGACGUCAGGCGCCUCUUUGCACGCUACCAGGGCGAUUUCUACAUGUUCGGUUACCCAAGCCCCGACUUUUUACUGCGUUGAAGCGAUCCACGUGGAUUAAACGCCUAUUCUCUUAAGAAAUACUCGAGAUCGUUGUGUCUUAUAAAUCCGGCAGGAGGCUGCACCUUAAAAAUCUGCCAUUUUUUAUUGACUUUUUAGUGAAAACGACUGACGGGCUGUUUAAAGUGCUACUGAGGGAAUCCCUAUUUUUCUCGAUGGAACUGGAGGUCAACUUAAAUACCCAACACAGGUUUUAAUAACAGUCAUAUUUACGUUUUAAUAUUUAUUAGUCAUUUAUCUGUAACCCCCGGUGAUGUAGCGAUCCGUUUGCUCUGUCUCGGUCUCCAGUUUCUAUUCUCACAACUUUAGAAGCAAUAGAGAAGCACCUUUUAUAG